UCGAGUAUCGAAGAAAUAAAUCGAGGUGGGAGGGCGUCGAAUGCCGCGUGAAUCUCCAGUACAGCGGGAACGCAACCCUUCUUUCCGAUCAGGCCGUUGAAGUCACCGAUACUUCCGAUACCUGAUACAGCGCAUCGUGUCCUCGUGGCCAACGCUGGAAGGGAUGGCGUUGGCUGGUGGGGGCAGCCACCCUCGCGUUUUUGCGGUCUGUUUGCACCCGCGACCGCGUCGCGGCGCCACCGUACGGUCUGCGCGGCCGUCGUCCCUUGGCUCUGCGCGGAACAACUUUUGUCCAUGGUCCACGCUCCCGUGACCGCGCGAGGCGUCCCUUUUCGCGCGUCACGACGCGUCGCGUCGCCAUCGAACCCGUCCGAUCGCAGCGCGUUCCUACCGUUUUCCCGUUUCCCCGAUUUUCCACGAGACUCGCGGCACCGAGCGGCUCGCGACCGAUACCGAGGGUCGACAAUAAUUCCGCCGGGGUGGGAAAGUGCGUGGCUGGAGGGAUGACUGCGAGGGCUGCAGGAGCCGAGCGUUCGAGUUAGUCUCGGCCAGAACACAGGCCCAGUAGGAUCUACGUGCACGUACUGGAGCCGCGUACGGUGCGUGGACUGAGGAAACAGAGGGUACGGAGGCCUUCCCCACCCCCUUGCAGGUCGCGAUCGCGAGUUCCGCAUGCGACGUGCAGUGUAUACCGACCACGAAAACAGGUGCACCAGGUUAGGAGCCUGCUAGGACGGGUCUCGUACACUCUCCCCUGAGGUCAGCUGCUGAUGCGAGACCAGACGAAACGAGACGAGGGAAGAACCGGAGCCAGUGAAGUGUGAUCGCGUGCAGUGCGGGUUUUAGCGUCGGUUUUUUCCGCGCGAGUGUGGGUGUGAUGCCGUCGCGUGAACCACAGGCAGCCUGACGACCGGCCGGGAUCGAGAUCCGAUCAUCUGGUGUCUCGAGCCAGGGUUGCUCCUCGAUGACUCUGGCGAACUCGGAAAGGACAUUGUGCGAUUUCGUGUGACCGUGGGACCAGUGUGUAGUGCAACAGGUCCAGUGUGUUCCGGGACAGUGUCCGGGACUAAGGAACAGGAAGAGACGGUAGCGACGGGCCCGCCGGCCGAGGCGUGCGCCCCAGGAGGCGUCGGCGGCGCCAGCAAUCGUAGGGGAACGGUUUUGGGCCCGGCGGUGAAGCUUGAAGCCGUCAAAGUGGCUUCGUCACUGGGCCUCCAGGGGCCAUCAGCGCCGAUCGGGGCCCAACUACUCACUGGCGGUUCGGAGGAUGCACCGGCCGUCUACCACGCGAAUCUGCUAGCCAGCAGCAACGCGUCCGUGCUCCAGCAGCCCGUUCUAGCGAGCCUGAACACGCCGGCACUGGCCAGCAUGCAGGCCUCUGCGGAGGCCAACUCGCUGGACAUUCAGGCCAUGCAAUCCAUGGACUGGCUGUUCAAGAAGGAGCGGAUAUACCUGCUCGCCCAGUUCUGGCAACAGAGGGCGACAUUAGCGGAGAAGGAAGUUUCCGCGUUAAAGGAGCAACUUGCCGCGGCAAAUGACGGGAAUUCGAAGACUGAGGGACAUCAAUUGUCUCAGACACCACAGGGAAGCGAACAGCAGCAGGUACACGAUGCGAGCAAUCCCAGGAGAACGCCCAACACCAACCUGGAACAGGAACUGCAAGCGAAGGACAAAGAGAUCAGCCAGCUGGUCGAGGAGGUGUCCAGGUUACAGCAGAGCCUGCAGCGUCUCCAGGAGACCAGUGCACAGGCGACGGCGCGGCUGGAGGAAGAACUCGAGGCCCGCAGACAGCACAUCAGCAGACUGGAGAGCAAACUGGAGCGACAGAGGGACUACGACGACCUGAAACGGGAAAUUAACGCACUGAGGUCGGUGGACCUGUCGCAGAUUCCCACAGGCGAGCCUGGCAAGAGCUUGGAACACCUUCUGAUGGAACGCUCGAAGGCGCUCCAGCAAACAGAAAACUUGAAGCCAACCAAUACUCCCGACGCGCUUGGUGGACUAUCGUCACCCCUGCAGCGCGCCUCGACCGCCUCGCCCCACGGGGUCGGGGGUGUACCGCCUUCGUCCCACGUGUCCUCCCAGCAACCACCGCCGCCGCCCCCAGCAGCAGUUUCCCUCCCACCGCGUUCCACACCGACACCGUCUUCGGCUACCUCGACGACGUCCAGCCUCCUCUUCCCACCUCCUCUCCAGAACGUCGAGACCUUCGGCUCCUUCCUCGGCGAAGAGAUCGUCGCCAACUGGAGGCGGACGUUGGAGAGGUCCAUCAUGAAUCAGCAGCAACAACAGCAACAGCAGCAGCAACAACAACAACAGCAGCAGCAGCAACAGCAGCAGCAACAACAACAACAACAACAGCAGCUUCAGCCGACUUCCUUGGGUCAAUUGGCGCAGCAACAGCUACAGCAAGCUCAACCGCUGAUCGGUCUGCACCCUCCGUCUACCACCAGUAGCAUAAAUCAUCUUCCAUCGCCAACGGACCCGUCGUCCAGUUCGAACACGCCAGCCAAAUCGAAUACCCCGUUAGGAACCACUCCACUGAGUUGCCUUGAUGCCGCCGAAAAGGCUCCGACGCCUGUGUCGGGCCACGAAACGCCCGCACCACCUACGCCGUCUUCGACCACCGCGUUAACGUCACCCCCGAGCUUUCAACCGCCCACGACGAUGAUCGAGACGAUCGCAUCUUCGGCGUCCGUGAACGGCGGUAGCAUGAUACCGGCCGUCCCGACGGCACCGCCACCAAAGAGUCCAGCGGACCAGGACUCUUGUCACAAUAACAACAACAGCCAUCAUCUGGCCAACAACAACAUCGGAGGUCUGAGCGUGCUGGAUACCCUGAAGAGCCCGUUUCGCUUCGACGACAGAACGCAUCCGUUCAGAUUCGGCGACGAGUAUGGCGCCGCGGGUAUGGCUGGUCGACUAGGCGAGUCGCUUAUCCCUAAAGGCGACCCCAUGGAGGCCAGGCUUCAAGAGAUGCUGCGGUACAACAUGGACAAGUACGCGUCGCAGAAUCUGGACACCCUGCACAUAGCCAGGAGAGUCAGAGAGCUGCUCUCGAUACACAACAUCGGUCAAAGGCUGUUCGCCAAGUACGUACUCGGGCUGAGCCAAGGCACCGUCAGCGAACUGCUGAGUAAACCGAAGCCGUGGGACAAACUGACGGAAAAAGGUCGCGACAGCUACAGGAAGAUGCACGGCUGGGCUUGCGACGACAACGCUGUACUGCUGUUGAAAUCCCUGAUACCCAAGAAAGAGUAUGUUUCAGGCAAGGAGCAGGGAAUGCCAGCGUUCGCGCGUGGACCACAGGAAGGUGGUCCGCCAGAAAUGAGCGACGAAAGGUUGGCGCACAUCCUCUCGGAGUCUGGCCAUCUGCAGAUGAGGGGCGAGCACGAGAUAUCGAACGACGCGGACAGCAAGAGCCCGAGCAGAAUCGGCUGUCCGAGCCCGUUCAACAAGGACAGGCUCGACAGUCAAAACAGGAGACUGAAGAAAUACGAAAACGAUGACAUUCCGCAGGAAAAGGUAGUCAGGAUUUAUCAGGAGGAGCUAGCCAAGCUGAUGGGGAGAAGGGUCGAGGAUCUCCGCGGACCGCGAGAGUUCUCCUCCAGUGCGAUGUUUCCGCACUUUUUCAGUAGCACCCAGGGCAGCCUUCAGGGCAUGGAGCGCACGCAAGACGACAUUCGAUUGGCCCUGGACGCGUACCACCGCGAGUUGCAGAAGCUGAACACGACGCCGGGCCAGAACCCCGCGUUGACUGGACUGCCAGGAUUACCAGGGCUCCCUGGGCUUCUGGCACUUCAGCAGCAAGCCCUUCAGCAACACCAUCUGGCCACGAACGGCGGUGGCGUUCAGGAUCUCAGUUUGGGGAAGGUGGAUCCCAGGAGCAAGAUGAUAAACGGCGUCACGGAGGAAGAGAAAGAGAAGAUGGAGGAGGCCAUGAGACACGCGGGUAGCGCGUUUUCGUUGGUCAGGCCGAAACAGGAAACCGCCGCGCCUCAAUCCACCCCUAGCGGUUCCAGCGCGAGUUCACCGUUGGGCAACUCGAUUCUUCCGCCAGCGAUGACACCGAGCGAGGAAUUCUCUGGCGCGGCAGCCGCCAGUCCGCUACAGAGGAUGGCUUCGAUCACGAAUAGUCUGAUCAGUCAACCGUCCACGCCCACUCAUCACUCGGCCAACCAGAGGCCCCUGAAAGCGGUGCUUCCUCCCAUUACUCAGCAACAGUUCGACAUGUACAAUAACUUGAACACAGAGGACAUCGUGAAGAGAGUGAAGGAACAAUUGUCUCAGUAUUCCAUUUCCCAACGUCUUUUCGGUGAAUCCGUGCUGGGUCUUUCUCAGGGAUCCGUCUCCGACCUCCUGGCGCGGCCAAAGCCCUGGCACAUGCUCACGCAAAAAGGUCGCGAGCCGUUCAUCAGGAUGAAGAUGUUCCUCGAGGAUGACAACGCGGUGCACAAGCUGGUCGCCAGCCAGUACAAGAUCGCACCGGAAAAACUGAUGAGGACCGGCGGCUACGGUGGCCUGCCUCGUAAGUUUAACUCAGCCUGUGGAACACCAAUGAAGCCGAUGCCACCGACGAAACUGGUUCAGGAACAGCUUCAGAACGCCGCGAAAGCACAGGCUGCGGCGCAGGCGGCCGCUCAGGCGGUUGCGCAGCAUCAGCAAGAAAACCAAAUACAGCUGGGACCACCCCAGCAGAGUCCACAGCUCCCUCAACAUCCUCAGCCGCCGCCACCGAUGAUGCUGACGCCUCCAGGCCCUCUCCUCCCUCACACACAGCUCAGCAUGCAAGAGUUGCAGAAGAAGCAACAGCAGCAACAGCAACAACAGAUGAACCUUCACUCGCCCCAUCAUCAGAUGACUCCGUCUCCCCUUCGAGGACUCCACCCGCACAUCUCGCCCAGCGUAUACGAAAUGGCCGCGCUGACGCAGGACCUCGACACGCAAACCAUCACGACGAAGAUCAAGGAGGCGUUGCUGGCCAACAACAUCGGCCAGAAGAUCUUCGGCGAGGCUGUGCUCGGUCUGUCGCAAGGAUCCGUCAGCGAGCUGCUGAGCAAACCCAAACCAUGGCACAUGCUCAGUAUAAAAGGCAGAGAGCCGUUUAUAAGGAUGCAGCUGUGGCUGUCAGACGCCCACAACGUCGAUCGGCUGCAGGCCUUGAAGAACGAACGACGAGAAGCGAACAAGAGACGACGCAGCAGCGGACCAGGCCACGACAACAGCUCGGACACCUCGAGCAACGACACGGCCGAGUUCUAUCACGCGGCGUCGCCCGGUCCCGGACCCGCCUCGGCCAAGAAGCAGCGAGUCCUCUUCUCCGAGGAGCAGAAGGAAGCCCUCAGGCUCGCGUUCGCCCUCGACCCUUACCCCAACGUGGCCACCAUCGAGUUCCUCGCCAGCGAGCUGGCGUUGUCCUCGAGAACGAUAACCAACUGGUUUCACAAUCAUCGGAUGAGACUGAAGCAGCAAACGCCGCACGGCCAGCCCGAGCCACAGUCCCCCAGGGAACCUGGCCAGCCGUUCGACCCAGUUCAGUUUAGAUUGCUGUUGAACCAAAGACUGUUGGAGAUACAGAAGGAGAGAUUGGGCUUGGGCAACGUGCCCCUGCCGUACUCCCCGUACUUCAACCCCAACCUGGCCGCUCUGGUAGGGAACGCUCUGAAGGAGCAGUGUUCAGGCCUGGAUUUGUCGAUGAGCUCGUUGAAGAGGGAGCCGAACCAGGAGUUCGAGGACGAGGACGCCGAAGACGCCAUGAGCAACCUCGGUAGCGAAGACUCGGAGGGAUCAGCGGGUAGCAUAAAGAGGGAACCCGCGGAGACACCCACCGCGCCAGCCACGGUCAGAUCCAAUCGAAGGAAACCCGCAGCGCCGCAGUGGGUGAACCCCGAGUGGCAGGAGCCGCCCAGGACGGGCGACGAGGUGAUCAUCAACGGCGUUUGCGUGAUGCAAACGGACGAUUACGGGGUGAAGAGAGAGGCAGAGGAGACCGUUAGGGUCGAACCAACCCCCGUGCAGGACAGAUACGAGGAAGACGCGCAAAGCGACGUGUCUUCCGUAUCGGCGAAUAACGGUCAGGAACGGGACAGCCCUCUGCCCAGUCCGAAAUCGGGACAGAACAGUCCCGUGACGUCGCCCAGGCCGCCCUCCACGCAACAAACGCAACAGUGCGCGGACGAGAGUCCCAAAGACAACGUGGUUAAACACGAGCCAGAGGAAACGUGGGAUUAUUAAACGUGGGAUUAUCAGAUGCCUGGUCCGCGAGACCUGGUUGGACAAAACGGAGGGUGUGAUCGAAGUGGACAACGUUGAAACAUGCCAAAAUGACGCUGCAGAAGUACGGUCCCCAUGUUGCCGACGACUACGGCCUAGUUAAGUUCUUAAUGAGGAAGAAACAAAAACCAGUCAUAGGAUUCGGCCAGGUCCGAUUGGCCGAGUCCUGCCUACCACGAGGGCAUUAUCAUAGGGUGGCGAAUACAAAGUAGGAUACGUGAACAAAAAUUAAACGAAAAAAAAAAAUUUUCGAAAGACACGCAGACGUGCAUUGGAAAACCCUUCGGUCGACUGAAAGCUACCAGCGGGGGAGGCUGCUAUCGAGGAAGAUGGAGCUCAAUCAAAAGAACUGUUUUUUCGUAACGCUGCCGAUAUACGGUUUACGGAACAGUGUGUUGGUGUGCACGGAUACUACAGCGGAUUUGUAUUGUUAGAAGACUGUAAACGCGACGAGGGGUAGCUCAGGAAAUGGGGGCAAAUCGUCGCACACUUUCGCUCGAAAAUCCGAAGAAACCCUGGCCGCUUCCGUUUUCGAGCGGACGAAGGAAGGGGAGGGGGUCGGAAGGUAGGAGAGACCAGGAGUAAGUUACAAAAGAAAGAGAAAGAGAAAAUGAACAAACGAGAAUCGGAAAACGGAAAGGGUCCGGGUUCGUCAGAGUGCAAUCUACGAAUAACCAGUUGUUAGAUCAAAUUAUUAUUAAUUUUAUCUAAUUACGCGUCAAGAUGAGCGAUUAAUAAUUAUUGCAUAAUUGUGAUUCAUGUUAUAUUGUUUAUACACUUCUCCUAUCCCAUAGUUGUUAAGCUGUUAAUGUUACUACACUCCGCUCUCCGAUUACGUACCUUUUUAUCUUGUUCGGUUAGAAACGCGUCGUUCUUAUUUUUAUUUUUUUUUUCAUUUUUUUUCGGAAAAUGGAGAAGAAAAAAUGGUUAGAAAAGUGAAAACGUCCUCUCGCUCUUUUUCCUGCUUCUUAGUUGUGCGUCGAUUCGCGAAAGAACGAGCGAUCGAUGAUCGAGAGUAGUCUGGUCGACGCUGUUGUCCAAUUUUGUCGGCUCUUUCGCGAACUGGCGGGCAACGCGAACCGGAACAACAAUCUGUCCACUUCUGAAUAGUCUUUGUUUUCUUUUCUAUUCCCGCGUAGAGAAAGCUAGUUAUACGUGACGAUCGGUGAUCGAGGUUAUCAGUUACUACCAAUAUUACUGUAUUAUUAGGCUUACGUUAUCAUUGCUAUUUUAUUAUUAUUAUUAAUAUUAUUAUUAUUAUUAUUAUUAUUAUUAUUAUUAUUAUUAUUAUUAUUAUUGAUUAUAUUGUAUUAUUUUAUUACCAUUCGAAUUCUUAUCGCGAUAACGAUACGGCUUACGAAGCCAAUGUGAUAGAGCUUAUAUGCGAUGAUAAAAUUUAAAAAAAAAUGCGACAUACCAGGGAGGCUGGAGGUCUCCUUCCGUGCGACGAAGAUGCUGCCGGGUAUUCUUCGAAAACGGGCGUUAAAGCGUGGCAGCCGUAAAGCUCGCAUCCACAUGUAAAUAACUGUACAAAAAAAGAGACUCGGAACAUACGAGACAUUACACAUACACGAUCUUGUAUAUUAUACUUAAUUACCACACUUAAACUCUUCAAUAGCGAUAUAUUCACGCGGAAGCAAUGGCGACCGAGCGCGUGGCCAAGCGCGCGACUCAACGCCGCGUUUCCGACGCGGAAACGUGGACGAAAAGGGCCUCAUCGCUCGCGUCGUUCACCAUUUUACGGAGGAACGGGCAACGCGGAGACGCGACGUUGAGUCCGACACGCACAGACGCGACAGGAGAACAUAUAAUUACGAUUACCGUAUACUAUCGAAGCCUGAGAACGACGAGGAAGCGAGCGUGAGAGCGAGCGUGCUUGCGUGCGAGAGAGAGUGAGAAAGGGGCAAAAAAUUAUCCUCGAUAUUACGAAUCAAACUUGUAUUUACCAGAUUAAAUUUUAAUCUUCGAUUAAAUUCUAGUCCGCAGUUAAAAACGAACAAUGGCUAGAGCGAGAAAGGGAGGGAGAGAAAGGGACGAGUGAAAACGGAACGUGUGUGCGAAAGGAAUGGACGUGCGAGUACAGCCAACCCAGUGAGAAGAACACUUAAACGAAAAAAGGGCAUUGCUAAUUGAGAGACCAGUGAUCCGAACAUUCUGUUUUUCUUUUUCAAUCUUACGUUUAUCGCGAACCCAUCGUCGGGGGACCGGCGCGGCUCGGAGACGGGCGAAAUAUCGUUGGAGAUCGAAGUAUUUAUUUGCUACGUUCGACGUUUAUUCGAGCGCGUCGUUACUUGUUCAAAAGGAUUUCAUUCUGUAGGCAUGUAGUGUACAUUGUUUAGUUUUUAUUCGUCGUUCGAAAUUUAUGGGAGUUUUCCUCCGUCUCCGACGAGAGCCGCGUAAGAGCGCGAGAACUGUCGCGAGGUCGAAGAGAUUAUGUGGAUAGAGUGAAGAUAUCAUAAGAAUCUGGAAAUGGAAAUAGUAAGGUGAAGAAAGAGAGAAUGAAUCGAGAAAGUAUCGCUAUUUCUGUAUAAAUUUGCGCGCGUAUCAAAAUUUUAAGACUUGGUGGGGACAAGUCACAGCAAUUAAAAGGGGUGACAUUCAUUUAAAUCUUGCUUUAGGUUACUCCGCAUUUAUAUUUGCUUACACACCUCAUUAUUCUCUGGUACCCUAACGAAGGACGCCAAUAGUCUGUUCUGGGUCUCACUGGCCCACCUAUAGCUCGGGUACCUCGGGAUCGCUAACCCCGUACUGUAGCUACAAUCAAACGUAGCUACAGCCCCUGAGGGCUCGAAAAACACUCGAUCUCUUUCCUCUUACAAUUUGCAUUACACUUUCCAAAAUAUCUAUUCCAUCUAUAUAAUCUCUCUGCUCUGACCAAAGAAGGACCUCGCGGCGAGUUUCGCGUUCCUCGACAUACGCGGCGCCACCUGUCCACCCGACUUUCAUCGCUGCGAUCGACACCACCUUCGUUAUCCUUAACGUUAUUAUUAUUAUUAUUAUUCUAAUUAUUAUUAUCGUCGCCGUUAUUAUUAUUACCGUCUACCACCGUUAAUCGUUGCUCGUAACUCGAUGAACAUCGACAUCAGUCACAGCUCCGCCUGACGAUCGUCGUGCAGGCGCCUACGAACCGAACCAACGACGCCAGAGUGUCAGGGGAAGAGAUCAACGGAUCGAAGAGGCACAGGGAAAAGAGGAUCUCAAGUCGCGAACGCAUCCAGCCUGCCGAUUGUCAAUCUCGUUGGGUUACGAAGACUGCUCCGACCGAUCGUCGCCGAUCGCGCAGCUGAGUAAACCGUGUAACCCGAUCCUUCUCGGGGACGAUCGGCGUCGCGGUUUUUCUUUGUCUAUCGAAACCCUUUCCACAACCCAUAUCCAUCCAUCCAUCCAUCCAUCCAUCCCUACUCCAUCGAGCCCAAACACAUCCCGAUGUCCCCUUCACCGUUCACGAUUUCUUUUCUCUUGUUUCUCGAGCGAGUUGCGAGGCAUAUAGGUUCUUCUGUAGAUACCGAAUAGACUCUAGAUAGCAGAUAGCUUUAAUUAUUUAAGCGGAAACGGCUUUCUAGGCGAGUACCCGGGUCCCCCGGGUAGUGGGGGAGUUUGUAAUAUAGGGAGGAAGGUUCGUGCGGACACACACGAGUCGGAGGUCGCGCAAGGACCACCUGAUAAAGGAGGAAAAUCAUAUCGUAAACAUAAUAAUGAAUAUUUUACAGAACCGACGAAACGAAAAUGAGAAGAAAAAAAACGACGUAACGCCGAGGACGUAAAGAUAACUGUAGAUAGAUAUUCAGAAAGAAAAAG